AUUGGAACGACGUAGGUGCUUAUCAACAAACUCCCUAUUGAUAGCGCAUAUAAAUAUCACUCCAUCCAGCUCGCAGUGUUAGUUCCAAAAGAGGAUGGUUCUGCAGAUAGACCGACAGCUGUCAAAACUGUACGGUAAGGAGCCACAAGACGAAUCCGAAAUUUAUUUUAGAGCAACAAAUGUUGGACAAUUUUGGUGCCCUCUUCACUCAAACGGGGUCUCAUUUGCGUUAUACGACUGAUAUGUACAACACCUUACGGAGUUCAUACCUCGAUGCUGCUGAGACAUACAAAAAGUUAUUGGGUGCCUUCGAAGAAUUUAAUAUAUCAAGAAACGCAGCUAGCAAGGCAUCUCCCUUGAUAAAUUUGAGACCAGAAGGUCCACGGUCUCCUGAAGAAAGACACGCUAAAACAACUGCGGGUGCUAGUUCUAGUAAUCAAGAUCAACAUAGUAAUGAUGUUAUCAACAAAACGAAGGAAAAAAUACACAACAAGUUGUACCAGUUCGUUCUACCUCCGGGAUAUGAUGCUUAUGAUACAAGAUGGACAUUGAAGUAUCGAACAAAACUGCCCGGACACGUAGAACUUAUGCCCCAGAGUGGUGUUUACGUCAGCUGUGGAGACCUCAAUCACAGUCAGCAAGUAUCGAAAGAUUGCAUAUCAUUAGCUAGACGAUUAUUAUCACAAGUCUUCAACAGAAAUGCACUUAGUGUUUGUUCAUCAAUGAGUGAGAAAGUGCUGGCUUCUAAUAAUGUCGUCUCUAACAUAAGGCCAGAUUUAGAUGAUCAUGCGUGUUCGGUACUGUUAAAUUUUGUUUUAGAACAUGGACUCCAACGUGAUUGAAAUACUGAUCUACAACCUAUCCUCAGUACCUUACACAGUAAGAUGCAAGAGAUUCGGUUCAAAUAUGGUGUAAUUCUUGAAUGUUAACUAUUUUAACCUUUGAUCAUAAGUCGAGUUAUCCUAUGUUUCUAAUUACUGAAGCUAAGA